AAACACAUGGAUACACAGAGUGGUGGCAGCGCUGUUCCAAUGAAGAGCAGGAAAAUAAUGUUGCGACCAAGAAAACAUGUAGCAAAACUCACUAAAGUGGUAACGCCUUUCUACUUCUUGGAGUUUGUCUUCCUCAAUGUGUCAUGUCAAGAAACCAGGCACCAGCGGUGAUUUACUUUUUUGCAUUACUACUGACAGGCUGUGCAGCAGAGGAUAAGCAGUGCGAGGUGUUGAAAGUCGAUGCAAGAGCCGUUAAAGAAUACUCGUCCUUUGUGUACAACAUUACAUACAAAGAUCCUUUCUGCGCAAACAAAGGAGAGCUGACACGAAAACUGAGGAGCUGCAAUACUACUGACGACAGCGAUCCCAAUGGCGAGCCGGUUGAAGGGAAGCUCAAUCCCUGCCAUGAAGGAAAUUGGAUGGUGACGAUGUCUGCAAACGUGAACUCCAAUUGUUUCUCCUGCCCGGGUUUAUACUUGAAUCAUUACAAAGUACUGUCUUUCACGUAUGAUAGCCUAACAAUCGAAAUGAAAGAUGUCAGUCCUACUGUGAAGAACUGGAAUCUCACCAUCUACAAGACCACAACAGAGACAGAUUACAAGGUCUGUAGCGCACGUCAUGGAUUAGGGUACAUAAAAAAGCUGUUUCAGAAAACAGACCUGAAAGCAAACAUCACCCUGUCGCUGGUCACCCUGAAACAUUCCUUUGACCCAAAUGCCUGUUAUUGCUUCGUGAUGAAUCCAAUCUCUAAUGUCCAUGUGAGCCCGGAGAACAUACUAUUCACCACCAAAACCUGCAAACCCACUCCACCCUCACCUGAGAGAGGAACAGAACUGAUAGCUUCCCCACCAAUGUCGAUGUGGGAGAAAAUCGGAUGGGGAGUGCUGGCGGGCGUGGUGCUCUGCUUUGUGGCCAUGAUUGUUGUUGUCAUCAGCUCUCCCGCAUUCAUCGCCAAAAUCCUUAGGCUGAAAGGAGUUAUAGUCAAACAAAAGCCAUUUAGAAACAAACCGCUGUCCAGUGACUCUCAAGUGCUGCUUCUCUACGCUCCAGAUAUCUCAGACAGCCAGGACCUGAAAAUAUUAAAAAAGAAUCUCCAAGCUUCCUUUACGGUGUAUGAUUUGUUUGACCGCAAUAACCUCGACCAGUUAGCUGAUCAAAGCGGGUGGACAGAGAAGAUGUUGUUGCCGACCUCUGGCGUGAAGAUGCUGCUGGUGGAGUCUGCGGUAAUGCACGAAAGGAUUGCUUCUCUGCUCGACUCUGAUAAAGAAAGUUCCAUGAAUGCGAUGCUGGCAAAGAAAUCUCUACAUGAAAGAACUGCAGAAAAUCUCUUGACAUUUGCUCUCAGAACCAUCAUCGCCUGUCUUCGGGAAGACUACUCGUCUGUAUUCGUCAUCAGGUUCACGGACGAAGUGAAGGACGGAGUUUUCUUUUUGGUGCAGAUGCGAAGAUAUAAACUCCCGGACCAUUUCUCGGAGCUCUCAAAAGACAUAAAGGAAGCAAAGCGUAUGAGUGUGUGGUGAGAGAGAGAGAGAGAGAGAGAGAGAGAGAGAGAGAGAGAGAGAGAGAGAGAGAGAGAGAGAGAGAGAGAGAGAGAGAGAGAGAGAGAGAGAGAGAGAGAGAGAGAGAGAGAGAGAGAGAGAGAGAGAGAGAGAGAGAGAGAAUGUACUAGCCACUGCUGUUCAUAAAAGUACAAUUCGAGCACGCUACUUGUUUUUAGAAUAAUUUACCAUAAGAUUCUCGUUUUCUCACACAAUGUUAAAGAAUGACAACACAUUUAGGAUGAACUUGAAGAAAAAUUAUACCAAUCUCAUGACAAAUUGAGCAUUCUCUUUUCGAGUUUUGUCGCUUGCUUUUGCACCAAAGAUGGAGGAAAGUUGGGGGACAAUUUCUGUGUUUUAUAUUUUUCACACAUAUAUUUCUUUAGUCAGGGUGGAAUGAAAAGCUUUUCGUCUUGUUAACUCCACUCUUCUGUCUGUUUUUUUUGUUGUUUUUUUUACUCCAAUCUCUUGCUAUUCUACAGCUAUUUUCACGCCACCUGCUCCUUUGAUCUUGGUAACUGCAUCCAUCACCUCCUGCCGUGAUUUCGCUGCAUAAUUAUUUUUUUUUACCUCUUCACUUUUAUAAUGCAAGAUUUUACCAGUAUUCUCAAUCUUCCAUUCCUUUUCCUAGCAAGGUCUAGAGUUUGUUUGCUUGUGUAUAUCCUCCUUCACAUGACUUGAACUCUUUCAACAGGAAGGUUUCAAAGCACAUCUUCGAAUUUGGAUGCGCAUUUUUUCCUUUGACGUCUGAUUCCUAGCACACCUACAGGUUUAAUUGUUUUGUUAACUCGAAUAAUUUCUCUAGAACCUGCUUUCUUUUUUUUUUUGUAAGGGAAGGCCCGUCGGCUGCAAGUCUUCUACUUUUCCAUGUAAGUUUAAUUUAAUUUUCCUUCAACUAUGAAAUACGAGUACAUAUUAUUAACCCCUUCAGUACUGGGACGCAUUUCUAUCUUGAGUUUUGACCCUUCUAUUAACAUAAGGAAGCGCCUACAGAGGGCAGAAGAUUAAUGGCCACAGUUUUCACUAUUUUAAUCCUCGACAUAAGUUUCUGAAGCUGUAUAAAAUCGCCAAAUAGUAACCAGAAUGAAUACAGAAACGCGUCACGGUACUUAUGGGAUUAAGAGUCAAAAUUUAUACUGUAUGCCAACUCGGUGCAUAAAUGUCUGUAGAAUGAUUGUUAUAAGGAUAAAGAUAUUCUGCAUUGAUGAGUUCAUUAGAUAUUCUGCAUUAAUGAGUAAAUAAUGUGAUUCUAAAAAAAACAAUAAACGAAGAAAUAGAAAAAAAAGAAAAAAAAA